AUAAUAAGUUACUGUAAUUUUCGGAGUUUCCAAAAUCACUGCACUGUGGUAAAGACAACUUCCGAUCACCAUACCACCGCCGCUGAUAACCCAGCUCCGCUCGUCACAUGGCGGAAUUCCUUGACCUGGAGUCGCAAGACUCUGUCCGCAUGCCGUGGAACGUCCUCCCUGGGACGAAAGCCGACGCCGCGAACUGCGUCAUCCCGAUCUCCGCUGUCUACACCCCCUUAAAACCCCUCCCCGCUGCCACCCCACUUCUCCCUUAUUCCCCGCUUCGGUGCCGCAACUGCCGAUCGGUGAUCAGUCCGUUCUCGAUCGUCGAUUUCUCCUCCAUCAACAAGAUUUGGAUCUGCAGCUUCUGCCUCCAACGUAACCACUUCCCGCCACAUUACCAGUCGAUUUCUGAACAGAAUUUGCCGGCGGAGCUCUUCCCGCAGUACACUACGAUUGAGUACGAGACUACUGCUCCACAUGAGAAGGCGCAGGCUGGGAGUAGUAACGUUUUCUUGUUUGUCGUGGACACUUGUGUUAUUGAGGAGGAAUUAGGGUUCUUGAAAUCCGCUCUGUUGCAGGUCUUAGGAAUGGUGCCUGAGAAUUGUUUGAUUGGAUUAAUUACUUUUGGGACAUAUGUGCAUGUUCAUGAGCUGGGGUUUGGCCAGCUCCCAAAAGUUCAUGUGUUCAAGGGGACAAAGGAGGUCACUAAAGAUCAGUUGUUGGAGCAGAUGGGCUUCUUUACAAAAAGGCCGAGGCCAACUACGGGUGUCAUUGCAGGAGUCAGAGAUGGGCUGUCACAGGAGAGUGUUGCGAGGUUCUUGUUGCCUGCAUCCGAUUGUGAGUUCGUUCUAAAUUCGAUUUUAGAGGAGCUUCAGAAAGAUCCUUGGCCAGUGCCAUCAGAUCAACGUGCUGCAAGGUGUACUGGUACAGCUUUGAGUUUGGCUGCUCAUUUAUUGGGAGUAUGUGUUCCUGGUUCGGGUGCUAGAAUUAUGGCAUUUUUAGGUGGACCCUCAACAGAAGGGCCAGGCGCUAUUGUGUCUAAAAAUCUGUCUGAACCUAUUCGUUCACACAAGGAUCUGGACAAAGAUUCUGUUCCUCACUAUCACAAAGCUGUGAAGUUCUACGAAGCACUUUCAAAGCAACUUGUUCAUCAGGGACAUGUGCUAGAUGUUUUUGCUUGUGCACUUGAUCAGGUUGGAGUUGCUGAGCUUAAAGUAGCAAUUGAAAAAACUGGAGGGCUUGUUGUUCUAGCUGAAAGUUUUGGCCAUUCGGUUUUCAAGGACUCUUUAAGACGUGUUUUUCAGUCUGGUGAUAAUGAUCUGGGACUGUCAUCAAAUGGUAUAUUUGAGAUUAACUGCUCAAAGGAUAUCAAAAUUCAGGGAAUUAUUGGUCCUUGUGCAUCACUUGACAAGAAAGGUCCUUUGUGCUCUGAAACUGUCAUUGGCCAAGGAAAUACCACGGCAUGGAAGUUGUGUGGCCUUGACAAAACUACUUCUUUGUGUAUAAUAUUUGAUGUUAUCAAGAAAGAGAACCCAGAUAUUAUUGCUCAAUCAGCUAACAACCAGUUCUUUUUCCAGUUUCUAACUUAUUAUCAGCAUGGUAGUGGACAAAUGAGGCUUCGUGCUACUACUCUCUCCAGAAGAUGGGUUGCUGGACCUGGAAUCAAAGAGGACCUAAUAUCUGGAUUUGACCAAGAAGCAGCUGCUGUGGUAAUGGCACGCCAAGUUUCUUUCAAAAUGGAAACCGAGGCAGAAUUUGACCCUAUAAGAUGGCUGGAUAAAUCGUUGAUACAUAUUUGUUCACAAUUUGGGGAAUACCAGAAGGACAGCCCAUCUUCUUUCAGUUUAUCCCCUAGAUUAUCAAUAUUUCCGCAGUUCAUGUUCCAUCUACGCCGUUCACAAUUCGUCCAGGUCUUCAACAAUAGCCCUGAUGAGACAGCAUACUUUAGGAUGAUUCUAAACAGAGAAAACAUUGCUAAUUCGGUUGUCAUGAUUCAACCUUCCUUGAUCUCCUACUCUUUCCAAUCUGGACCAGAACCUGCUCUUCUUGAUGUGGCUUCCAUUGCUGCUGAUAGGAUCCUCCUUCUGGAUUCAUAUUUCACUAUUGUUGUAUUUCAUGGGUCUACUAUUGCUCAAUGGCGAAAAGCUGGAUAUCAUGAACUGCCCGAACAUCAGGCUUUCGCUCACUUGCUACAAGCUCCACGUGAUGAUGCGGAUGCCAUAAUAAGAGAGAGAUUUCCAGUGCCUCGCCUUGUAAUCUGUGAUCAGCAUGGUUCUCAGGCCCGUUUUCUGCUAGCAAAAUUGAAUCCGUCAGCUACUUAUAAUUCAGAUGGUGUGGCUCCUGGAGGUGAUGUCAUCUUCACUGAUGAUGUCAGCUUUGAGGUCUUCUUAGACCACCUUCAGCGCUUGGCAGUUCAAUAAGAUUGCUCUUAAGAACUUUGAGAGGCAUUUUUUAGAAGGAAUUGCUUAACCACUUGAGCGAGUUGACGCGACAGACUUACUCAAAGGACACACACACGCUUGGAGUGGGAGGCAGCACAGGGUGAUAUCUGCUCUGUUUUGAAUGUGCGAUCACGGCAGUCGGCGCCAGAGAAGUAAGACUAAAAGGCUUUUUCUCUUCAAGAAAAUCUUGUAUGUUGGUGCGUCUGAUAUGAUGUAAAAGAAAUAUUGGUUUUUGUGUUAUAAACAUUCUAUGCGGUUACUCAUAGGAAUAAGUAUGCAAUUAUCCUGCUCGUCAGAGUCGAAGCUGAUAUACGAGCGAGCAAUCUGUUUCCUGUUGUAUUGAACAGCAGCUGAUUCAUAUGUUGAAUCUGGAAAUUGAGUUUGAGAGAGGAAGAUACUACUAGGGUUGAGUUUUAAUUUUCUUUGCAUGGCAUUUUAUGCAAAUUUAGAGAUGUGCGAUGUUCGAAAUGGUUACCCUUUUUACAUUAUAUUUUUGUGUGGUUGAUUUGUAUUUGAGAUUGUCAUUGUUUAGCAUGAACGGGGGAAGAUGACAUGUUGAAAGAGU